AUUUAAUAGCAAAGUCUCGCUUCUCUUUUAUCUUAGACAAUCUUUCGGGCUAGGAACGUUUGGGAAAUUAUUUUUUCGUAUACCACGCAAUGCAAAGGAGUGGUUAUAAGCUGUCACUCAUAUGUCACUUCCUUUGGCUGAGUCACAAAAACUUAAGAUUUAACUUAAGUUUUUUUCUUGUAACUGAAUAUUCUGUCAAAGGUGAGGUCAUCUUUCAUCUGCAUAUCUCACGUACAAUGCAUAUUUAUAAGCGGUUUGACGUUGUUUACACGAAAACAAACUGGAUCUUGUCUAAACUGCUUUCCAAGUUGUGAAAGAUUCGAGAGUUUCUGCUUGUCGUCCAAAAGCGUUCGGUGACAUUAUGUCUGGUCCGAAUGUGAAUUCAAAGAUGGAAAGAUCAAAAUCAAAGAAAUCAUGCGAGUUUGACGAUAUUUUAGACAUGGUUGGCGGAUUUGGCCGUUACAGCUUAGCGCUAUAUGCUUUCAUGUGCAUCAUGUCUGUGCCAAUCGGCCUCCAGCAACUUGUACAAGUCUUUUACGCUGCAACUCCGAAAUAUUCCUGUGUUUCGUAUUCGUCGCCGAGCAACAAUACAUGUUCGGAAUGCUGCAACAACUGCGAAAAAUAUGAGUUUCAGGCAGGGCUGACGAGUGCUGUGACAGAGUGGAACCUGAUAUGUGACAGACGUCCUCUCAAGGCCAUGACACAGUCAGUUUACAUGGCAGGUCUGUUGGUGGGUUCUGUUGCCUUUAGUAGCCUGUCCGACCACUUUGGCCGUAAAAUCAGCGUCUUCCUCAGUAUUUUUCUCAUGGCUGCAUGUGGAACAGUAUCUGCUGUCUCCGACUGUCUUUCCUUGUUCGCCUUGUUUCGGUUUGGAGCUGGAGCGGCCACAGCAGGCUGUCUUCUCGUUCGGUUUGUCUACUGUAUGGAGAUCAUCCACAUAAACAAUCGCACCGCAGCAGGAAUGGUGAAUAAUAUUUUCGUUAGCAUUGGUUUUUCUACGCUUUCUCUGCUUGGUUACUUAAUUCGUGACUGGAGACAUCUAAUGCUGAUUGUCUCUCUGCCUGCAGCACCAUUACUGCUCUGUUACUGGAUGAUCCCAGAGUCUCCCCGGUGGUUAAUUGCCAAAGAUCGCCUUGACGAGGCUCACGAGCUGCUCAUGAAGUAUGCCAAGAGGAAUCGUGUCACUGUUGAAUCCACCCAACUCAAACAUGUCAUACAAGAAUUUAAGAAGGAAGAAGAAAGAAACAGGAGUGAGAGCAAGAAGACCUACGGAAUCCUGGACAUGGUUAGAACACCAAAGCUGAGGAAGAGAACCAUAAUCUGUGGAUUUAAUUGGUUUGUGAAUGCUUUAGUUUACUUUGGGAUCAGUUUGAAUGUCGGGAAUCUGGCGGGAAACAUGUACCUGAACUUUUUUUUCCUCUGCAUCGUGGAAAUUCCUGGAGCAUUAGCACUGUGGUUUUUCUAUGCACGAUUUGGCCGGCGUAUUCCUUACGCCUCGUUCAUGAUCAUUGGAGGCGCUGCAGAAAUGUUGGUGCUGGCCGUUCCAUCUGGUGAUGAGUAUAAAGUUGUUAUUACAAUCUUAGCUGUUAUUGGUAAAGCUUGCAUCUUGGCGACUUUCCUUGGAAUUUAUAUUUACACUGUGGAACUCUAUCCCACAAUUAUCAGGAACACUGGCAUUGGAGUGUGUUCAAUGAUGGCUCGCGUUGGCAGCAUUUUAACACCUUACAUCGUGUUACUGGCGGAUCUUCCGAACAUGAGCAAGACUCUUCCGUUGGUCAUAUUUGGUGUUUUUGGAGUUAUCGCGGGCGUGAUGGCUCUUUGGCUGCCAGAGACACGUUACUGUCCCAUGGCUCAGACGGUGGAACAAGUGGAGGCCUGGAAAGAGGACUACAAGAUAUACUGCUGUAAGCAUCAUAGCUUAAGGAUGGAAGAUGGAAACAUUGUUUUGAUGGACGAGAAAGAAGGAGACGAAAAUGACAGCUCAAUUACGACAGAAACACCGCCUUAUAAGGAGAAAUACGACACGGUUGUUUAGAUCAUCACAUAGUUAGUGAGUGCCUGAGGCAGUAGAUGAAUGGGAGUUAGAUUUACUGCUGACAUUCAGCUAAUAUAUCUGCUGAUAAUCGGGAUUUGACAGGAAAUUCAGCUGAUUAUCGAGCUGUAGUGUAUCUCAUUCAUAUCCUCUAUUCUAGCUUUUUAAUGUAUCGGCUUUUAGUCUUUGAUAAAGGAGAACAAUGAUGUUGUUAUCGGCAAAGUGAUAAUUUUAUGUAACUUGUGGCUUAUUAAAUCUUGGUACGAAACACAAAGCAGAUAUUAGAAAACUGCAUCAUUUGCAAGGA